GGCCGCCAACUCAACGUGCAUCUCAAUUUUGUGCUGAACUUUUUUAACGUCAAUAUUCAACGUUUUUCGGUGAAAAGUUUGAAUUUUAGUUGUCAUAUAGGUUUUAAAUAUAAGAAAGCCAUCUCAGGUUGAAUUCAGCGACGCCAUGUCUUCAGAAAAUAUUAAUUAUGACGAUUCAGACAGUGAGAAUAUAAAUUUGGCAACAGUUGGAACCACAGGAUCUACUUCUACAGAGGCUGAUAGUGAUAACCUGCAAAGCGACGAUAGCGAUGCCCCAGUAGGCGUAUCAUGGAAAGAUAGCAAAGCAGUGUUUCAACAAGACGAGAAAAAGAGAAAUGAUGCAGUGAAUUUUGCUCGGUCUGUUGACAAAGCAAAAAGACGUAAGAAAAAUGAAAUGUUCGUUUCCCAAAAAGAAGCAAAGAGAAAGUUAGCCAAACUACCAGAGGACAUUGUACAAGCUGUUGCUAAGAAACCAAAACUAGUAGAAGUGGAUAAAAUUGAGAAAGAAAAUAAGAAACUAGAAAGAAGGAAAGCAAGAAAGAAGAGCAAUGAAGAAAGCAAAACAGAAGAAUAUUGUCACGUUGUAAUACUGGAGGAAGAAGUUAAUAAAUCUAAGAAAGUUCAGGAAUCUGCAGCAGAAUUCUUGAAAAAUCAUCUCUAUGGAAACAGACUUCAGAGGACAUCAGGAUCAAAACAAUUAACAAUGCAAUCUAAGAGCUCUGGAGUCAUAAAACCUGCUGUAAAGUUUAGUAAUAAAGUUUAGAACUGUGCCAAACUACCAAGGACAUUUUAAGUUAUAUGUAGUGUUAUAUAUUACAGUACACAACCUAAUAAUAUAUUUAUCAAAUGUAGGUGUAUUUUAAAAGUGUUGAAUAAAACUAU